AUUCCACCAGGUCCAGGGAGAAAGGUUAAAAGGCAGAAGCAACUUAAGGAUCGUGGUCUCUUUGCAUCACACCUCCGUGGUGUGUGCACUGAUCUCCCCAGCUGGUUUUCUUUUUUUUUUUAUUUGCUUUCCCCAUUAUUUUUAUUUUCUUAAUUAUUUCAAUAAAUCGCACAAAAGGACAACUCUCUCUCAUCUGCUUCUUUAUGGGAAAUUUCCACCACACUGUCUGAAGACGUGAUGGAAAGAGAAACCAACAUGUGAGUGUCCAGUCUUUAAGAAAAGAUCUUCAGGGGAAGAUUCACCUUUAAACCUGGUGUUAAGGAACCUGUGUGAGUCCUUCUUACAGGACAGAGCUCAGAGAUCUUCAGAGACUCUCUGCAGUCUGCACCAAGAGAAACUCAGACUCUUCUGUCUGGACCAUCAGCAGCCAGUUUGUGUCGUCUGCAGAGAUUCAGAAAAACACACCGACCACAGAUUCAGACCCAUCGAUGAAGCUGCAGACGAUCAAAGAGAGAAUCUGAAGAGAUCUCUGAACACCUUAAAGGACAAACUGGAGCUGUUUCAGAAAGUGAAAGAGGAGUUUGAUCAGACAGUAAAACACAUUAAGGUCCAGAACCGACACACAGAGACGCAGAUUAAGGAGCAGUUUAAGAAGCUUCAUCGCUUUCUAGAAGAGGAAGAGGAGGCCAGGAUGGCUGCACUGAGGGAGGAAGAGGAGCAAAAGACUCAGAGGAUGAAGGACAAGAUGGAGGCUCUGAGCAGAGACAUAGCAGCUCUGUCAGACACAGUCAGAGCCACAGAGGAGGAGCUGAGAGCUGAAGACGUCUCCUUCCUGCUCAACUACAAGGCUGCAGUGGAAAGAGUCCAGCAGCGCCCCCUGCUGGAGGAUCCACAGCUGCCCUCAGGAGCUCUGAUAGACCAGGCCAAACAUCUGGGCAACCUGAGCUUCAACAUCUGGAACAGGAUGAAGGACGUGGUCUCCUACACUCCUGUGGUUCUGGAUCCAAACACUGCUCAUCCAGAACUGAUCCUGUCUGAAGAUCUGACCAGUGUGAGAGGAGGAGACAAACAGCAGCUUCCUGAGAAUCCAGAGAGGUUUGAUGAAUACUGAUCUGCCCUGGGCUCUGAGAACAAUUUAGUAUUUUAUCAUUAAAUGUCUCUGUGACAGUGGAUCAGAGACGUUAGAAACAAAGAUGGUGAUUGGGUUCAUAAUGUUGCUUAUUUCUUAACUGACUUUACUGUUAACCUGCUCUUGUUCUACUGAUGCCUCAUUUAUCAGUUAAUGAAAUCAAAUAUAUUCAUUAAAGACAUCAUGUCCACUGUUUCCCUUUUUGGCACUAUUAGUCAUUU